AUGACGACCACGGCGACUCGCUUUGGCCCGACUCGCAUUGACCCGACCGGUCAGGACGUCACGCAGAUGGGGGUAGCAGACCUCCGUAGCUUCUUUGACCGACUAGCCACAGGCGACUACCACAACCUCGCAAAGGACCUUAACAUUACCGGCACCCCCAAGACGCUCGCGCGCCCAACCGUUGCGGCCGCCCCACCCCAAGACCUCCUCGGGCCCGACGGGGAGAUCUCGCUCGACUCGCUCGACGCGCUCACCUUCGAGCCCACCGUGGAGGGUCUCGAGCGCGCCGUUUCGCUCCUUCACGCACCUGCGUCGCCGACGCGACAGACGGCCGAACAAGAGGAGGCGUUUCAGUUCACCUUCCGGCUCAUGAUCCACAAGCUGUACUCGAUCCGAGAGUUCGCGGCGAUGGUCGACGACGUCGUGCGGACGUCACAGGAGCGUUUUAAGUCGCUUCCCCCCUCACCCACCCCCAGCGCGCGCCGCGCGUCGUACUCGAACUCGUACGCUUCCGCGUACCCAAGCGACGGCGAGUCUUUCAUAUCCGCUAGAUCCCCGGCGUCCCCAUCCGAGGCGACGCUGCCGUCGUCUCCGUCGCUACGGAGCGUGGACCAGAUGUCGGAGCUCGGAAAGGAGCAGGACGACUUGAGGGCGCUGAAGAAGAGGUGCAUCGGCAGGAGGAUGUCCGUCUUCGACCCCGAAGCAGAUGCGGAUGCGGACAAGAGCGAUGGGGCGGGGUGGGUGUACGACUCCGCAGUCGCGUCCGUAGAGUCGCCGACGUUCUCUGGCUCCUACGCAGCCUUCAUCGCAGGGCUGCCCCCCAUGUCUCCCGCGGCGGAGUCGCCAUCCAUGUAUGGCUACGACGAGGCCGACGGCAGCUCACGCAAACGCCGGUAUUCGCUGCUCGCCGCCAGGGGCUUCUGA